AUGUCUGGCCAUGGCAACCGACGGAAACGAUCUCUCCUCAUCGGCAUCAACUAUACAGGCAGCCAGCACGAACUUCAUGGCUGUCACCAAGACAUCGAGAACGUAGCCGAUUUUCUCUCUUAUCGAGGAUACAGACCAGAGGACCAGGUUGUUCUACGCGACGACCGACCAGGCAUGCAGAUGCCCACCGGCCAGAACAUCAUCCGAGCCAUGGACUGGCUGGUCUCUGAGCCGGGAACAUGCAACUUCCUUCACUAUUCAGGACAUGGCGGACAAGUUGAGGAUCCAACAGGUCGACAUCCCACAGGCCUCCUCGACACAAUCGUACCUGUAGACUACGAGGAAACAGGUCAGAUCAGCAGCGACUUUCUACACAAACAUCUAAUCUCUAAUCUGCCACCCAACAGCACGCUCUUCGUGAUCCUCGACUGCUGCCACAGCGGAUCCGCCUUGGAGCUUCCGUACGUAUACAAAUCCGACGACGACGGCAACAUCUCUAUGCUCGACAACCUCAAAGAGGGCGUCAAGCUCUUCGCUGAAGGCGCUGACAUUCUUUCCGGUCCCUUCUCCGCGUACAAGCUUGCGGAAGCGAAAGAUCUCUACGCCGGCGCAACGAACUUCUUCCGCUCGUGGCAGCAUCGCAACGAUCCCGAAGGGCUCGGUGGAAGUGACUAUCAGGGCGAUUAUGCAGGCGAGAGGAAGACAGUGACGAUGUUCUCGGGCUGUCGGGAUGACCAGACGAGUGCGGAUGCGAAUAUUGGUGGGAGGGCAUCAGGCGCUAUGACUUGGGCGUUUCUGGAGAGUAUGAGGAAGGGAGCGGGUGAGAGCUACAUGGCGACGCUGCAGGAGACGAGGUUCAGUCUGAGGUCGAGUCGGUAUGAUCAAGUGCCGCAGUUGAGUGUAGGGUGGGAAAUCGACUUGAAUCAACCGUUAAUCAUGUAG